CCCCACCCCACCGACUGGGAAGGUCUCUCUCCCUCCUUCUCUCUGACUCUGACGGGCACAACCUCAUUUCUCACUUGGCAGAGCCUUGCGAAAGAAGAAAGGGCAGGUAGAGCCCGAGCUGGGCUGGGCCAGGCCGGGCUGAUCUAGUGUCCCCUCCCCAGUCCCCCCGAUCCCCUCCUCUCCACCCUCUCCUGCCCCCACACCCACCCCCAAAGAGGGAGGGCAGCGCCGCUGGACCCCCCUCUCCCUGGUUGACUUGCUGCAGAGGACCGAGGGCUAUCUGUAACCCGCAGCUCAGAGAGAGAGAGAGAGGAGGAGUGUCAGAGAGAGAGAGGAGGAGUGUGUGUGUGUGUGUGAGAGAGAGAGAGGAGGAGAGAGCAAGAUUGAGAGAGAGAGGAAGACAAAAGAGAGAGACUGAGUGGACGAGAGAUAGAGAGAGAGAUAGAGGAAGAGAGUGAGGGAUUGAGAGAGGAAGACAAAAGAGAGAGAUAUCGAGAGAGCAAGAGGACGAGAGAGCGUGUGUGGAAUAGAUAGAGAGGUUGAGAGUGUGACAGAGAAAGACAGAUUGACAGUGGGAGAGAGAGAGAAAGAGCCUCUUGGUACGCUGCACCAUCUCCUUCUAGAAUCGACAUCCUUCCUGUCCCUCUUCCCCCUGGAUUAUCCAGGAACUGCAGCCUCCAUAGACUCCGACAACACCCCUGUGCCCCCCUCCGCCCUAGCCUUCGAUUCUCUCGGUGCCACUCCUUGUGCCCAGCUCAUCGUUGAAGAGGAGGAUGCCCAAAGCAGAAACACCAGUGAACAGCACCAUGAGCAUUGUACAGGCUCGGAAACUGGUGCAGCAGCUGAAAAUCGAGGCCAGCAUGUAUAGGAUCAAGGUUUCAAAAACCGCGGCUGACCUAAUGGCGUACUGUGAUGCCCACUCCUGCGAGGACCCCCUGAUCACCCCGGUGCCAACCUCCGAGAACCCCUUCCGAGAGAAAAAAUUCUUCUGCACCCUUCUCUAAGGGGUGCGCCCCCACCCCACAAUGGCUCGGCCAGGACCGGACUCAGGAGCGACGCCUUCGGAUGUAAAAACAGUAAACAUUUCGGAACAAUAAAAUGGCUGUUCCCGAAA